AUGAAUUUAGAAUUAAAUGAGUUCCUUUUUUACCUAAAAUUCACUUUUUUAUUUUUUUUUACGAGGUAUGCAGCCAGAGAAAGUGAUGUUAGCAAUGGUAAUAAUGGAGUAGUUUCUAAGGCAAAUUGUGAAUGGAAGGAAAUUGGCCAGGAUCUAUUCAUUUUUCCAUCACAUAACGUCGAAAGUCGUACAAAAAUCGCUGGUUUCGAUGUUGAUGGAACUAUUAUAACUACUCGCUCUGGUAAGAUAUUUCCAACAGAUGAGAAUGACUGGCGGUUAAAUUAUCCAGUGGUCGUUGAGAAAUUGAAACUUUUAUAUGAUAAUGGUUAUAAGAUAAUUUUUUUCACAAACCAGAAAGGAAUUCAAACAGGACAGCAAUGUCCAGAAGCAUUCAAGAGAAAAAUUGAAUCAAUUUGCUGUAAAUUUCCAUUCGCUAUUCAGGUUUUUGUUUCCUUGGGCUCGUUAAAAUAUCGUAAACCAUAUACUGGUAUGUGGGAAUAUCUCGAGCAUUUCGAGAAUGGUAAUGUAAAUGUUGAUCGAUCAUUAUCUCUGUUUGUUGGCGAUGCAGCAGGUCGUAUCGUUACUAAGGUUCGAAAGAAAAAAGAUCAUUCCGCGGCAGAUCGACUUUUUGCUUUAAAUGUGGGAAUAACUUUCAAAACACCUGAACAGUUCUUUCUGGAGCAGAAUGUUGAAGAACCAUAUAUACUUCCUGUUUUCAAUCCUAUUUCAUUUCUUGCAGUCAGUCGCACUAUUUUUGAACCAGCAGAUACUCUUGUGCCAAGUCUUAAUCAGGAAAUCAUUAUACUUGUUGGGGUUCCUGGCUGUGGAAAAAGUCAUUUUGCCAGAAAUAUGUCUGAAAAAUUUGGUUACGCUGUUGUGAAUCGAGAUUCUUUAAAGACUUGGCAAAAAUGUGUGGAUACUACAAAGAUUUUAUUACGCACAGGCAAAAGUGUCAUAAUUGACAACACUAAUGCAGAUGUUGAAUCCAGAAAACGAUUUUGCGAUUUGGCUAUGUUAUACAAGAUUGACUGUCGUUGUUUUGUUUUUAACUGCGACAUUAAUCAAGCCCGUCACAAUUGUAAAUAUCGAAUUAUUACUGGAACUGAUAAAUUGCAUGAGGAGAUUGGAAUCAUGGUUUUGCGCAUAUUUUACUCCAAAUAUAAGGAACCAGUGUAUGAUGAAGGCUUUUCCUUGAUUGUUCAUGUGAAUUUUGUGCCGGAGUUUGAAAGUGCUGAACAUGAAAAAAUAUAUCGAAUGUAUUUAUGUGAUAGCUAA